UGCAUGGCCCGAAAUCCGUUUCCCCCUGGUGCCCGCUGUUUCUCUCCUUUCGAAUGGGGCGCCUGUGUCCGGCCGCACCGCGGCGCCCGUAAUCUCCCUACGCUACAUAAGAUUCAUCGCGCUCGCCCUCGCUUUCUUUCCUCACUUCCCUCAAGCCAAUCUACGAGCUCAAGUCCUACCUGACCUUUCGGUCGUCCAAUCGUUUACCAACUUAUACUAUCAUUAAUAAUACCUCCCGCCAACCCACCAACCAACUCUCUCCUACCAACAAGUUCUAUUACUUAAUCAAUCAGCCAACAUGCGCUCCUUCAUUGCUGCUACUCUCUUCACCGCCGUCCUUGCGGCCCCGAGCUACGGCUCCGGCUACGGACAGCCCAACUAUGGUGCUGGCUACGGCACCGGUGAGGAGACUACCCCUGCCGUCUCCUACCCGGCUGUGACCCCCACCCCUGAGGUGCCGGUCUACUCUGCCUCGUCCACCCCCGUUGAGGCCUCCUCCACCGUCCCCUCGUACGGCGAGGAGACCCCCGAGGUCAGCAGCUCGGUCACCAAGCCCAGCGAGACCCCCUACGUCCCUGGAUACGGAGUUCCCUCCAGCGUCGAGACUCCUGCUCCUUCCAGCUACGUCCCGGAGGUCCCUGCUGAGUCCAGCUCCAAGCCCGGCUACGAGGUCCCCUCGUCUGUCGAGACCCCCGCGCCCUCCAGCUACGUCCCUGAGGUUCCCUCGCCCAGCAGUGAGUGCACCACUCAGACCACCGUAACUGUGACCAUUCCUUACCCUACUCCUUCAGCCUACGUCCCCGGAAAGCCCUCCGGUACUGGCUACGCCCCGGCCCCCCCGGCUGGCACUGCUCCCUCGGCUCCUUACCCCAGCGCCCCUGCUCCUUCGGCUCCUUACCCCAGCGCUCCCGCUGGUACUGGCUACGUCCCUGCCCCUCCCGCAGGCACUGCUCCCGCUGGUACUGGAUACCCCACCAAGCCUACUCCUACUGAGUACUUCACUGGUGCGGCUUCCCUCAACAACGCCGCUGGCUUCGUUGCCGGUGUUGGUGCUUUCGCUGCUCUCUUCUUGUAAAUGUCAUCUUCAACUGAGCCUGUCUUCCGGCAGGCUAUGACUUUGCAUGAUUAGCGCUCUGGUUCGAUAGAAAAGGGGUGGUGUGGAGAUGUAAUGGAUGUGCGGUAGAUUGUAGUAGACAAUGCAGAAAGAACUUGACCUAAAACCCUUCUCUCGUGCCGUGACAUGUGCUCUGUAGGUUUUUGCUUUUCUCAAUUGCUUCCACCCCUAUCAGGCUAUCAGUGAUCGAGCAUUGGGUGGGCAUGUGCUGUGAAUCUUGAGUCGUUCGCUUUGCAACUUCGCUGUUUGAUCGUGUUGCUGGGAUGGCCUUCGAAGGGUAUGCAUCUGGGUUUCAUACUUGAACUAGCAGCCUCCAUG